AUGGAUCACAAUUUUGCAGCUUUGGGAGUGCCGCAAGAGAUCCUUGCCUACACGUUGGGCGCCCUGAAUCGAGGCGACUCCCUGUCUCAGAAAAUCCGAUUCGACAAGGACCGCCGGGAUCGACUGGAAGCGGAACUCAACAACAUCCUCGAACACAACCAGACGUCCAUCCCGCACUUGCUCGCGGCGGCAUCGCUCAGGUGUGAGCAGAUGAUCAUAUCGUGCGAGCUGGGGGGAGCGUCGGAAAUCCUUGAAGCGGACAGGUGUUGCUCGGAGAUCUUCAAAUCUCGACCGUUGACCUCGAUGGGCCCCUGCAUCUCCACCCACGGAUACACCCGCUAUCAGAACUACCCUGGGGCUUCCAUGGGGCUCAGCGUCAUGCUCCGGGUCUUCAGCUCUUCCUGGUUAAACAGGAGCGUCCUGUCAGAUGUGGCCCAAGCAGACGGAUACAAGGUCAUCCUGACGGCCAACUACGAGUCCCCCUCACUUGCUGCCACGAUGAGGGCGCAUUCCAUCAACCCGGGCAGGAAGACCUUCCUUGGCAUCCAAGCCGUCAGGAAUUUCCGUUCUUCUCCCUUGGGGCACCCGACCCACCAGGUGGAACAUUCGGGGAUGAACGUCUACCCGGUGAGGUCGGACGCGUGCGGCGACGUGGACCUGACGACGGCUCCGACCAAAUCGGUUCACGACCUCAUGGAUGACUAUCCCUAUUCCUGGAACUGUGUCGAGAGGAUCUUCCGGGAGGCGACCAUCAACUCCUCGUGCAAGUGCUACCCUGCCGACACCCUUUCGUCCGAAGAGCUGCAGAACCUCAACCUAUCCGUGUGCAGACCUGAGACGUACAUGUGGUGCAUGAGACAGGAAGUGGCGAGCGACACGUAUGCUGACCUCGUAUAUGAAAGGGCUGCUCCAAUCGAAGGAGGCAAACGCUCGACUGCCCGAAUGUGCCCAGAGAACUCUUACCAUCGAGCACCUGCCACACACUUGGCGACGCCGGAAGAUCAGAUCCUCGCAUUUCCCACUCUCGCAUCGCCCUUCCCCAAAUUCCACCAACUGCCACACGUCUCCGCUGCCUUCGCCCUCCAUCCCAUUCCCUCCAGUUCCACUUGCAAGAAGGAAUGCAAGCCUCUUUGCACAGAAAGCUCCUACGAAGCACUCGUCACCUACGACCACUUGAAUCCGGCCUACGCAGAAAGCGUGAUUAAGCAUGUAGGAUGCAAUCUCACUCAAACUGGGGAUGUGGCGAUGUUCGGGGUUCACUACAACAUGCUGUCAGAACGCGUCAUCUCCUACUCGGCUUAUGCCAUCAUCGACCUCAUCAGUAGCACGGGAGGCAUUCUCAGUCUCAUCUUCGGAGGCAGCUUCAUGACCGUCAUCCAGUUCAUCACCUUCAACGUUUGGCUGUACCGUCGACUUGUGCUGUAG